UAGCUUGAGGGGUAAAGCCAAAUGAUGCUGUUCGUUUUCAUUAGUUGGACGUUAACAUCUUUCGCAUGCCAUUUCUGUGCGAAACUAUUUCUCAAAGAAUCGACAAUGUUUAUUCAUGGAAGUGAAUUCAACGUCAUUGUUUUAACUGUACUACAAGUAUUCUUCUACAUGCAAGUAGCAUCAUUUACGGGUGAUACAAAUAAAGGAAUUAUGGUUCAUAAGCUUGUCAUUUUUACUGCUCACGCAUGCGCGACUUUAGCAACAAACUGGAGCAUGGCUGUUACAUAUGCAGCAUCUACAUUUGCUGUUAAACUCAUGGAACCUAUAACCAGUGUUCUAUUACAAAAAUUAAUUCUUAAAAUCAAAUUAUCAUAUCUACAAUGGACCAGUAUUCCAGCUGUUGUUGUUGGUGCAAUAUUAUUUGCACAAGAAAAUGAUACAUGGAAGAUAAAUGUUUCCCAUGGAACUGUUCUGGCGUUUAUAUCUAAUAUAUGUUUAUCACUGAGGAAUGUUUACAUGAAAAAGAAUCAUAUAUCGAAUUCUAAUUUCAAAAUAAACAAAUUCCGUAUUGGAUUAGCAAUUUUCGUUGCUUGUGCCUUGGGAGGAAUAGUUCUUGUGAACAUCGGGAAAGCACCCUCAGGAACCGCAAAAUUAUACUUUCUUCUCGUAGGAUCUUCUUUAUUUCAUGCUAUUUAUAGCUACAUAUCUACAGUAGUUGUACUCUACCAUUUUUCCGUUGUUGGCCAUGCAUUUGGAAACAUUUUGAAAAGGCUAACUGUUCUUGGUUUGUUGUACAUGACAGGUUCCAAAACAUCGUCAAUCGUAAAUAUAAUUGGACUCUUCAUUUGUGUGAAAGGUCUUGCAAUUUAUGCAUUUUCUAAACUACGAGAGUUGGAUAACAACCCAAUCUACAAAGAGUCAAGUAAGGUAUUGAAAACUGUGAUGAGCUACAGAAGACAGUUCGCGACCUUGGCUACAAUCCUUUUGUUUGGUCUUGCAGGGUAUCAACUCUUCGAGAUACCUAAGACGAAGCUGGGACUUCCGCUACCGAAAUAUACCAUAAAAUAUGCUGAUGAAAAUAAUAAUAGCUAUAGAUCUUUGCGGGAUAAGUUAUAUCUGUCAAAGCCAGCAACAUUCAGCAUCAACGACUUCUUCUCGAUAGAUCUAACAAACAAUCCAGAAGAAACUUAUAAACUUUCUCCAUUGCUUACAAAAAGGUCAGAUGUGAUUGAUGAAGCUCAGAGAAUUCACAUGAAUAUUUUCAAGUCCCUGUUGGGCGGGUAUAAAUAUGUAAUGCUGUUCGAUUAUGCUUCCUCGGAAAACAAAGGUGACGCGGCGAUUACUGUUGGAGAAAUAUUGCUGUUGAAAAAGCUCAAUCUUGAAAUUGUGUUUGCAUGUAAAAUUGCUUGUACCGACUCUGAGCUAGACAGAGCUAAUACAAUCAGUACAAAAUAUACAAGUAAAAAUCUUGUCAUUCUUUUUCAUGGUGGCGGAAAUGUCAUUGGUUACCCUUCGGCGGACACGUCACGUGGUAAGCAAAUAAGACGAUUUAUGCAGUUCAACAUUGUCAUGUUUCCACAAAGUAUAUUAGUAAUGGGACCAGAUUCUCACAUAAAGUUCUGCCAAGAAAUAUAUGCAUCUCAUCCGAGUCUUACGUUUCUAUGGCGAGAUAAGGUAUCUUUUGAACUUGGCAAGAAGCUCUUCCCUAAGGUACGUUCGUUAUUAUCACCAGAUAUUGCCUACCAGAUUGGUUUCGUUCCUCGCUUCAUGCAACCAACGUUUGAUAUACUUUGGAUAAAGCGCAGCGAUAAAGAAUCUCCAACUUAUAACAGUACACCUGAAGUACCAAAAGGAUUUCGUAUGCAUGUUUCUGAUUGGUUAACGUGGAACUCUCCGCCAGGGGUUUCGCCUAUGGAAGAUACGUUUCUUUUGACAACCACUGGAAUGAUGUUUCUACAAAGAGGUCGAGUAGUUAUCACUGAUCGCCUUCACGGUCAUAUUCUGUCAACACUUCUAAAUAUCCCGCACGUUUAUAUUGAUAACGAUCAACGAAAAAUUUCGAACUAUCACAACACCUGGACGGCUGGGUUAGAUAAUGUAGUUUUAGCAAAUUCUAGUUCGGAUGCAGUUAAAAAAGCAAAGGAAUUGCUGUUAAAACUUGAUAAAGAAUUACCUUCAGCUAAAGGAUAUUAACCUUAGUAAUCAUGGAACGAUAUUCAACGAGGAGUAUUGGGCUUGUUAAAUAAAAGCAAACAUUGAAUCACAACAAAUAAAAGCAAAUUAAUUUAAAUCACAAAAGUACUCGGUACAUUAACGUGUUCACUAAGAUCCCUGAGUUCAAAAAAGGAUACUUAAAUAAAAAAACAAAAUCAAAUUAAACAGAGAGAUAGAGACAAAAAGAAAUAAAAGAAAAAUAUACAACAAACGAGUUAAACUUAUUUUCGAAAAAAGUAAAACAACCCUCUUUGAAAAUAUGUGUCAUCUCUUGGUAAGGAUUUACAUGAAUGUGAUUGUAUUGAUUAGAUUAGAUAUUAAGAUCAUAUUGAUUUAGGUUAAAAUACGCAUAUACAUUAAUGCUAUGAAUAAAUCCAUAUGCCUUG